CGUCACGCGGGGACCCACUAGAGACACGUGUCUAGCAAUGGGUGGUUUGCGUGGCCGCGUGAGACAAGCGUGGCGCGUGGCCGGCGGAAGUUGAUCCGAAGACCCACAGGCUUGGUCACUGUUGGUGAAGAGAAAACAAAAAUGCUAGACAUACAAAGAUUUAUAAAAGCCUGUAAACUGUUUCCAUCUAACAACCAAUGACAAACCUCUUCUCCCCUGAUUUUCAGGGGGUGGGCCGUCCCGCUCAUCUAUUGGCCAAUGAAAACUAACCCACCCUGUAAAAGCCUGCAAACUGUUUGUACGUGUAGCAUUGCCGGAAGAGAAAAAUAGCGAGCAGAGGUGCAGAACUUCUUUCUCUUCUCUCACGGCUGCUAGUACUCUCCGUCGUUGCGCACCGGACAUGGAGUUCGAGUGUCUUAUCAUCUUCUGCGUCAUGAUAUACUGCCGAUAUGGCCAUAUGGGUACAGUUACAGCAGAGAAGAGCGGCAUCGAUCGGCAAGGCGGCAGCCACGGAGUUCAUCAGGAAUGGCGGCAAGGUCAUCAUCGCCGACGUGGGCCGCUCGGUCGCCGCGGAGCUUGGCCCGGCCGGACACUGCCUACACCCGGUGCGACGUCUCCGACCAUGCCGCGCACAAGGCUGUGGGUUCUAAUCAGUCAGCCGGUUCCUAUUUGUAUACGUACUCCGAGAUUUGGGCGACACCGACACGGAUUCUACAUGUAAUAACGCAUAACGCAUAUUAUAUAUAUAUAGUAGUAUAAAAGGUCAUGAGGGCGCAGCGAUUUUGCGACUGCCGGGACCCCAAAUUACUAGCCAAAUUAGGUAGCGAUGAUUCGGUGGAAGGUUAAUAAGAAGAGGCGGCAACCGCCUCCGCGUGAUGACAGGGUCACUUCUGUGCGUGCGAUUACCGUGCAACGCCCGCCCGUCAGUGGCCAGCUCUUGCUGGAGCGCGCGUGCUGCACGGUCGUCGCUCUAGCAACCUCUGCGCUGUGCCACUGGGCGUGGAGCUACUUCCAGUCCCGCAAGUGCCUGCGCACCUACGGCCGGGACAUGACCGGCGAGGGCGACCCGGUCAUCGGCCGCGACGACGAGAUCGACCGCGUCGUCGACAUCCUCUGCCGCAGGACCAAGAACUGCGCGGCGCUCGUCGGCGCCGCCGGGGUCGGCAAGACCGCCGUCGCCGAGGGCCUCGCGCAGCGCAUCGCGUCCGGGGCCGUCCCCGACGCGCUCGUCGGGGCACGCGUGGUGGAGGUCGACCUCGCGGCCAUGGUGGCCGGCACGCGGUACCGUGGCAUGUUCGAGGAGCGCAUGAAGAACGUGAUCAAGCGGGCAGAGGCGUCCAACGGCAAGAUCAUACUGUUCGUGGACGAGAUGCACAUGCUCUACUCCGCCGGCAGCAGCCGGACCAACUGCACCAGCGCCUCCAACAUGCUCAAGCCGGCGCUGGCCCGCGGCCGCAUCCGCUGCGUGGGGGCCACCACCUUUGACGAGUACCGCCAGUACGUGGAGAAGGACCCUGCGCUCGAGCGACGGUUUCAGAAAGUGCACGUCGGGGAGCCGAGCAUUGAGGCCACCAUUGCCAUCUUGCGGGGGCUAAAGCAACGAUUCCAAGACCACCAUGGACACGAAAUUCAGGAUGCCGCUCUCGUCGCUGCUGCGCACCUCGGCGCCCGCUACAUCACCGGUCGUCAAUUUCCAGAUAAGGCAAUUGAUCUGAUCGAUGAGGCAUGUACUUUCAUAGCCAGAAAGAUGAAGCAGAUUGACAACCAACUACUAGUAGAUGACAACACUACUCCCAAUAGCUUAAACGAUGCAAAUAAAAAGGUGGUUGUCAACCCGAAAAGUAGCUCCACAAAUAGAGUGAAGAAAGCAAUUGUUGAUCCAAAUGAUGUCGCGCAGGUUGUGAGUCGAUGGACUGGAAUUCCUGUUGCUACGCUUUGUGAAGAGGAGAAGGACAAAUUAAUCCACAUUGGAGAUAGAUUGCAUGAGCGUGUUAUUGGUCAAGAUGAAGCGGUCAAUUUGGUUGCGCAAGCUGUGUUACGCUCUAGGGCCGGCCUUGAUCAACCUAGCCAACCGACAGGUUCUUUCCUCUUUUUAGGCCCGUCUGGUGUUGGAAAGACGGAGCUUGCAAAAGCUCUUGCCGAGCAACUAUUUGACAGUGAAAAGAUGCUUGUUCGGGUUGACAUGUCUGAAUAUGCUACUGCUGGGUCUGUAACACGUCUCAUUGGAGCACCUCCAAGCUAUAUUGGAUAUGAAGAUAGCGGACAAUUGACUGAAAAAGUGAGAAGGCAUCCAUAUAGCCUUAUCCUUUUUGAUGAGGUCGAGAAGGCACAUCCCUCGGUGUUUAAUAUUUUUCUUCAAAUUCUUGAUGAUGGCAUGUUGACUGAUGGCAAAGGUAGAACUGUUGACUUUAAGAAUACUAUCAUCAUCAUGACCUCAAAUCUUGGAUCAGAAUACCUUACAACAAAAAUGACUGGAGAAAAGCCAUUAGAAGUUGCAAGGAACCUUGUCAUGGAAAAGGUUCAGAAGUUCUUCAAGCCCGAACUUCUCAACAGGAUUAGUGAGAUUGUGAUAUUUGAGUCACUUUCCUAUGAACAAAUGAAAGAGGUUGCAAAAAUUCAGAUUAAGAACGUUGUAGCUAGAGUAGCCAAUAAGGGCAUCUCUCUGUCUACAACCGAUGCCUUGUUGGACGUCAUAAUGUCGGAGUCACACAAUCCGAUGUAUGGUGCAAGACCCAUAAGAAGGUGGGUGGAAAGAAAUGUGAUAACAAUGCUCUCUGAGAUGCUAGUAAAAGGUGAGGCUGGUGAAGGUUCAACAAUCUUCAUCGAUGCGACAGAUGACAAGAAGGGGUUGAAAUAUGAAGUGGUGAAGAUGCCGGUCCUAGACUUUUCUAGUGUGUGAGACCGUAGGCAGAUCUAGGGGUGCCAUGAAACCCCCUAGAAAAAUGUGAAAUAAUGUAUACAUUGUUCGUAACAUUAAUUCUAUAACUGUUAAAUCUAUUUUAGACUAUUUGUUGGAUUUACGAUGAAAUUGAAAAAAUGAAUAAUGUGCAUGAAAAGUGUUAGAUGUGUAUAGAAGAAUGCUUCUGCCGUAUACGAAUGAUGUAUAACGUGUAUGAAAAAAAGUAGACAUCAAAAAAAUUAUAUAUAAAAUGUUAAUAAUGUAUUUAAAAAAGUAAAACAUGUGUACAAAAAUUAUUCCUAAUGUAUGCAAAAAUAUACAACGUGUGCGAAAAAAGUAAACAUCAGAAACAUAUAUUUGUAGAAAUGUUAGCCGUGUAUAAAAAUAAUGUUUCAGAUAUGUACAGAAAAUGUACAAUGUAUCCAUAAGCGAAAGUUCCUUCAGGCGGGAAACCCUAGUAAGAAAAUCUAACAUAUAAAGCCUCCUAGAGUACCCGUCCAUCUGGGGGCAUCGCUAGCGCGCGUCGGUUUUGACCACCCGAUCGAUCUCCUACGGUCGUUUUUUGGCUACUGGCGGCUGGUCAGCCGUUCGCUUUUUUUCACUUUCGUUCCUGAUUCUGGAGAGGAUGGCAGGUGGGGCUCAAUAGACGUGGGGCCACGGAGUCAACCUAAGUUUCCUUCAUCUUUUGGUACGCGGAGUCUUCAUCGCGUGCUCGCCAAUCGCGAUCUGGGUAAAAGCAACCCUAUCCCACGAGCCAAUCCUGCAGCCGCCUCCCCGCUUCCUCCACACCUCGCCCCACGAGCCCCUCUCCCCUCCGCCGCCUCCUCUCCUUCACUUUUCUCUCGGCGUCGCCACCAAAGGAGGCGCACAUGGGCGGUGGAUCCGUGCCAGAGAAGAGCGGCGGGGACUGCGCUCCGGUAGCAAUGGGGUGCAGCCGGCCGCGGGGAAGAUCGCGCCGCCGCCCUUUCCUUCCUCCAUCCCUGCCCCUGCCACGAACCCCUCCUCUUCCCCUUCCAUACCGGCCUCUGCCGCUCUCCUCGUUGGGCAUCACUCCAUGUUGCGGAGGACGGUUUGCAGCCUGUGCAGUUGAGGUGAGGAACGGAGGUGGGGGGAAGGAGCAACAAUGGGGAAGAUGUUGUGUGCGUUGUGGGAAGCAGCUUGUUGAAAGCCCUGGCUGGCCAGGGGAUAAGAGCAGGAGGUGCUAAUCUUGCUGCAAGUUGUUGGCUGGGUCUCUUUCUCCCUAGGGAAGGCAUAGUAGACCUCGGGGAAACCAAGGAUCUUGCGGUGGCUAUAGCGAUGCCCCUAUCAUCUCAUCCCUCUUUCUAUGUGCUUCUCUCCAUGGACAGCAUCGCCAUGGCCAGAUCGAUGGUUAAAGCCAUAGCAUUUUCCCUUGAUUAAAUUCAGAAGAUGGCGCUCGUUGCCAGCGGGAUCUCGAGGAACAUGUGACCUCCAUGGUGUUCACUGCUAGACGGUGUGGCAAGGAGGGGUACCUUCUGCGGCGAUCUUUCUUGGGGAACCCUGGGCAACCGUCAUCCAGGUCUCCUACUAAAGCUCCUCCUCGCCACCACGAGUGCACGCCAUGUCUUCCACCCUGACAUUGGCCACUUAUGGAGGCUGAUUGAUUUGGUUGGUUCGAUAGGAUCCCAACCUGAGGAGAAUGAUGGUUUGGAGAUGGCUAGCGGCCUGUGGGGCAUCGACCAGACUGGCAGCGCUUCCAGGCAGGAGAGGCUUGGGGGCCUCGUGGGUUGGGAAGAUGGCGGCCACCCGGGUUUCUUCGAUCGAUCUGCGAUCUGGACAGGGCCACGGCAACGCGGGCGUCGGGCGUAGGCGACCGACCCUCUGCAGCCACGCGUUGACAGUUACCUGUCGAGACUAUAAGAAGAAUUUUGAGGAAGAAUUUGAUCAAGAAGACCAAGGUGAAUUAUGUCUCUCUUGAACACAGUCACGCCUGUUCCUGCAUUUUUGGAUUUUUCUGUGUAGUAGAGCACAUGCCAUGAUUUUGUACUCCUCUUCCUUUCGCAACCUUGCCUGCCGAGCGCACUGAGCUGUUUUGCUGUACAAAGAGCCUCUCCUUUUCAAUGUGCCAUGGUGUCCCUCUCCAGGCUAGCUCCAAACUUUUGACCCCAUCAUUCCCAUGGUGUCUAAGAAUAUCAUAGGGAAGAGGCUCUGGGAGAGGGGGUUUGGUUUUACUUUUCUGGUUUUGCAACACGAUGCGACGAAUUUCUCUUGCACGUAUGGCUUUAUUCCUUCAUUUACCAUAUGCAAAUCUUAAUCUUCAAUUUGUUUGGUUUCCUAUGAGUGGAGAUUACUGUGAUGCUAUGUAAGCGUAAAGUGUAGAGUGAAUCAGAUAUGUGCUAGGUCCACUAAUUUAGCUCAUUACCUUGCUUCAUUGUUGUGUAGAUGCAAAACUUGUUUUCCCUUUUGCUGAAUUUGCCACUAUUUUUCAUUUCUUCUCAUUAUUAUCUAAUCAAAGUGACUCGACGUAUUUGAGGCUCUCGUGCAUGUCUGGUUUGGACUUGCCCUUAUUUUUUACCAAUCACUAAACUAAACUGUAUAAAUAAAAUAGACCCCCUCCUUUCCAACACCUUAUAUAUUAUUAGAGUGAGCAAUAACAUGUUAUCAUAUUCGGUUUCUUGUGAGCAGCACUUCAGUUUAGAUUGUCAUAUACUCUUUGGUAUAUAGCAUUUUUUGCUUAUAUCUAUUGCCUAUUUCGCAUAGAGAGAUGGUUUGCUUUGGAGAGGAAUUAGAUAAGGCCCAUGAGUCCUAAGUAAGUGUGAUAAGCAAGCCCUGCACUUCUAUUUACUAUUAAGCGUCAACUAAAUUUUUGAUAAUGGCAUUUCAGAGAUAAUACAAUCAAUCCAACUGUUAAUUUUGGUGUGCUUUUUGGACGGACUAAUAUGAAGACGCUGGCUAGCUCGCAUUGCCAUCAUAUAGUCUAGAAGCAAGGGCAAGGAUUAUAGGGAAAAUGAAGGUACAAUGCUCCCAAUAUAUUUUACCUUCUCGGCGAAGUUUUGGUGCUUGCGCAAGAAAAUAACACCAUCAUUAUACCUACUGCUCAUUUUUUAUUCAGGCAAUUAGCCAUCAAUAGGAAAAGCCAACUAAUUGUACUUUCUCUAUUGCAGAGAUCAAAGAUAUCUCAGAAGCUAUCUCCCCGGAAGCUCCUGUAAACUGAAUAUCCACUGCUGCUGCUACUGAGCUGCGCUACUGAUGUGAUUGAUUGUGAAUUUGUCUUCAGGGUUGUAUCAGCAUGGUAAGAGAUCUCGCUGCCAGCACUGCCUAAAGGGCUAGCUUCAGGAUUGACCUAUUUAUAUUUACGAGUGUGUGAUCACAUUGCGAUGGCAGAGAUGACUGGCGGAAUAAUACAGUUGAUGUUCCAUUUCUGACAGCCCACUCUGCUGUAGACAGAAUAGUUAGUAACACUCUAAUACACUUUUUUUGUUUGUAUUCAGUUGAUAGGUGUAAUCAACAAUUUUCAGAAAACAAAAUCAAAUGCAGACUUGAGUAUUACCUGAGGGCGCACUGGAAAGGCUUCCAGAGCUAGGAGAAGAAACGGUUGAAGAAGAUAUGGUCUUGGGUGUUUCAUAGGCAUCAGGUGUAAGAGUGCACGAAUGACAGUUUGCCCUUUGAAACGACGUACGCCGUACAGAAGCUUGGAAUGCAUUCAGAGAUUUUUGUUGAAGUCUUGCUUCCUUUGAGCUUCCUGCAAACAAUCAACAAUGGUAGCCACACGAUUAAGAUUGCACUAGGCAAUUCUUAUCCUAUACUGUACUGGGUUUUAUUCUUUAUAAAAAUUGUUCAGCCUAAAUUUUCUGCAAA